CACAGCCUGUCUGUACUUUGCUGCGCUGGAUCCAUGAGCCAUGUCUUACAAUAAGAUUUCAGUCGUCAUUCUGGGACAUGGAGAUCGUUUGAAGAAAGCUCUUAUAACAGUCAUUUUAGGGAAAGAUUUAUCUCAAGUAUCCAAAAGAAAUGUUCUGAAAAGUACUGAGAUAUAUGAAGAUAACUCAUAUGUGGUCACAGGUGCACCAGACAUUCACACAUCAUGUGAGGACAUAAGAGAGCUAUUUGCUAUUAAUCAACACCCUCACAUGUCUUUGAUGGUGGUAGAGGAUGGGUUUUCAACAGAGGAGGUAUGGCAACAGAUAGAAAUGCUGCACCGUAUAACUGGAAGACCCACAGAGGAGUUCAGAGUGCUGCUGCCCCUCAAAAGUAAACACCCAGAUUCUUACCCAUUCAAAUGCUGCACACUGGGGGAGGUUUUCAACAAACUGAGUAAACUGACAGAAGGAAGACACCUGAUGCCAACUGACAAGAGGUAUACUGACCAUCCUGAGCCAGAAAGGUCAACACAAGGCACUGAGAUGGAGGUGACAGGUGGCACAAAUAGCAAAGGACAUUUCACUGAUUCCGAAAAGAGUUUCAAACGUAAGACAAGAAACCACUCUGGCACCAAAGUGAACCUUGUUCUGCUGGGAAUGGCUGGGACUGGAAAGAGUGCAAGUGGGAACACAAUCCUAGGAAAGCCACUGUUCAAGUCAACAACCAGUUCAAGUCUGACUACCACAGAGUGCCAAGUGGCAGAAACAGAGAUAGGUGGUAGACAUGUUCGUGUCAUUGAUACUCCAGACAUCUUUGAUGAUGAGAUCAAAUCAUCAGUUAAGAGCAAACAUGUGAGAAAGUGCAAAGAGCUCUGUCAGGAGGAGCCUUGUGUUUACUUACUUGUGAUGCGGGCCAGCAGAUUUAUAGAAGACGAGAGGGACAUAUUGAAAAAGUUAGAAAAAGCUUUUGGCAGCAGAGUUCAAGAACAAACAGUCAUCCUGUUUACUCGUGGCGAAGACCUUUGGCGUGCAAAAAUUAGCUUUGAGAAUUUUUUGCAUGACUGCCAGCCUGAUCUCAAGAAAAUAGUUGAGAAGUGUGGCAGAAGGUGUGUUCUUUUUGAGAACAGUGACUCACGUUCACCUCAAGUGGAAGAGCUGAUGAAGACAGUGAGCAGGAUGUUCAAAUAAAAUAAUAACUGGUAUGUGUCAGACCAGAUCACUUAAGUGCUGGCUGAUUUCUUUCCUUAAAAGUAUAAAUAGGCUUCACUGUGAAAUGAUUUAAUACUCUGAACUAGUUGAUUAUACAGUUAUGAAGGAUUUAAUCAGAGAUUGAUACAAUAUUCAGAGUAUUUUCAUUUGGAAUUGGUGCUUGGAUUCUGUGAAGUCAACCGAACACAUCUU